UAUGGAGAUCAUUCUUUCAAGAAGCUGAAAUGGAUGAGUUUGGUAAUGUAAUUAAAUGCAAAAUGCACGAUCUCAUGCAUGAUCUUGCCAUAUCAGUGGCAGGAUCGUUGAUCACCACAAUAGAUGAUAAGAAGAGAAACAUUGAUGAGAAAGCUCGGCAUGUAUCAGUUGCUUACAAUAUAAAUAUUUCAUGUGGAGUUCCAACUUUAUUGUGUAAAGCAAGUCGGAUGCGAACACUUCUUUACUUUGGACGGCACUUUAAGGAUAAUAUUGAUUGUGAGGCAACUUUUUCAAGUUCCAAGUUCUUACGUGUGUUGGAUUUGCAUGAUUUUUCAAGUUAUCCACUUCCGUUGCAAAAUUUAAGCUAUAUCGGAAAGUUGAAGCAUUUAAGGUAUCUAGAUCUUUCUGGAAACAUAGGUAUGAAGAAGCUGCCAGAUUCUCUAACCAGUUUGCAAAAUUUGCAAACACUAAUACUCUCCUUUUGUGAGUCACUAAAAGAAUUGCCGAGAGACAUUAAAAAAUUAGUCAACCUUCAGCAUCUUGAGAUAGAUGCUUGUGGUUUAACUUAUAUGCCACUUGGAUUGGGGCAACUGACUAAUCUUCGGACGUUAUCCACAUUUUAUGUCCACUUGGAUUCUCAUUCCAGACAUAGUGGUAGCAGUGGUUUACAAGAACUAAAGGGAUUAAAUAAGCUAAGAGGAAAGCUAGAGAUUGUAAAUUUGGGACAUGAGAAAGGUGUUGCGUCAGAAUGUAAGGCUGCAAGUCUAAAUGAGAAACAACAUCUUCAUACUUUGAAUAUACGGUGGAGUACUAAAGGAGAUGUCGAUAAUUCGGAUGUUGUUGAGGAUGAAGCGUCAUUGAAUGGCUUCCAACCACACCCAAAUUUGAAAAAUCUUUCCUUAAGACACUAUCGGGGUUCAAAGCUUCCGACUUGGAUUUCGUUACUGCUCACAAAUCUUGUUACAUUUCGAUUAUUGUAUUGUGGGAAAAUCCAAUAUUUACCAUCAUUGAGUCAACUGCCUUCCCUCAAGGAGCUUUUUCUUAAAGAUUUGGAGGCUAUUGAGUACAUAUCAGACGACGGUGAAAUCAAUGAGUUCUCUUCCUCUUCAACGGCACCAACACCAUUUUUCCCAUCCCUCGAGUCUAUCUUCCUCAUUGAAUGCCCUAAUCUCAAGGGGUGGUGGAGGAGGAGGGAUUCUUCUGUGGAGGUAAAUAGUGAUAGUCAUAAUUCCGUUGAAAUAACGGAGCAUCGUUUACUCCCUUCCUUUCCUCGUCUUUCAAAAUUAUACAUCCGCAAUUGCCCUAUGUUGACUUCCAUGCCAAUGUUUCCACAUCUUGAAGAAAACUUGGAGCUAGAUAAAGCUAGUUCAAAGCCACUGCAACAGACAAUGAUGAUGAGUAUUUCACCGCAAAGCCCACCGUCAACUGCAACAGACUCCUCUUUAUUCACUCCUCUCUCAAAAUUGAAGUCUAUAGUAUUCCGUUCUAUUGAGGAUCUAGAAACUUUGCCACUGCAAAAUCUCUCUUCUCUUAUGUCUUUGAGUAUAUAUCGUUGCCAGAUAUUAAAGCCUCUCUCCCUACAACAUCUCACUGCCCUUCGACGCCUAUAUCUUGUGGAUUGUCCUGAUCUUGACAUAGCCAACGAUGAGGAUGGGAUGCAAUGGCAAGGCCUUACGAGCCUCCUCUCCAUUUGCUUCGAAGUACUUCCAAAAUUGGCGUCUCUCCCCUCGGUGCUUCAACAUGCAACCACUCUACAAAAGCUUGAGAUUUGGGAUUGUGAAAGCUUGACGGCUAUACCAGAGUGGAUCCACAACUGCAAAUCACUUCAAUUGCUUGCCAUUCGUGAAUGCUCCAGAUUGGCAUCACUCCCAGAAGGAAUGCGUAGGCUAACGUCUCUGCAGAAGCUAACAAUUGUGAAUUGCCCCAUCCUAUUGCAAAGAUGCAAGAGAGAAACAGGUGAGGAUUGGGCCAAGAUUGCUCACAUUCCAGAGUUAGACUUACGGUAUCCACCUCAGCAAUAAGAAAAUUCAAUCACCCAUGCAGCUUCGACUGAUUCAGAUGCAGAAGAGGCACAACGAAUUGAAGCACAGAAGAAACAGGGGAUUGGAAGCUUAUUAAAAAAUCUAGGGCACUGCAUACGCGAUUCUUCACAUUUUAGGAGAAAUAGUUGAGUGAAAACUAGCACUUGAUGAACUCGAGCAAAUAUUUUACGGAAGAUCCAAUCUGUAAACAACACUCGGAGAACAGCCUUGCUGCACUGGAUUUUGGCUACAAGGAGCAAAGCGCAGAUCAAUGCUACUCUGAAUCACUAUAAAAAUGAAUUCCGAACAAGGGGCUUCUUGAAUCAAAACAGAGUGAUGUCAUUUUCUUGGGAGGGUCAAAUUUGGCAAUUGAAUGAGUACUAACAGAGCAAAUUACUAAGAGGAAAUGUCAUAUACAAAAGCAGCAUAAAUCAAGGAAUGAGGGUUGACUUGAGGGUCAAAUAUGCUGAGUUUGAGGAUCAGUUAUGCUGUCUUGAGGAGUACAUGACAUGUCGUGAGAUAUAGCUUUAACACUCAACACUCCAUUGUUACAAUCAAAUACAAACCCAGUCCUCUUCAGAUUAUUCUCUUUCAUUUCAGGAAAAUAUGUGAUUACUCAAUUGAGAUGGCUCUUAAGACUAAAACGUUUAAAGGUGGGAUUUGGUAAAUUCACUUUCCAAAUAAGAUGACAAGAGCCCGCAGUGUCACAUGUUGGAACUCUGAAAUGGCCACCUCAACAAUUUCAAGGGGACUUGCAUUUUUGUCAUAGUGGAAAAUUAAGGUUCUUGGAACUUCUGUACUAAUGGAGGUAGAGAACAAAGAGACGAAGCUUUGUUAGGAGGGUGAAGGAAACGAAAUGGAGUUGAAAAAUGAGAUUCAUCAAGAUUCAUCAACUAGAUGGGAAUCAAAUGCUGAACAUGCAAGAGUAAAUCUUUCUUCAAAGAAAGCUGGUUCUACAAUUAUGCAGCAACUAGCAAACCAUUGUGAUAGGACUUAGGAGGAUUAUAACCAGAUGUUUUCUUGUUGGCCUUCUCUCUUAUCAGCAAAGCCAGCUAUGGAAAUAUCUCCAACAAGACUGGAAGUUCUAGUGAAUCCCCCCAACUGUGCCAAUAGUGCUAAUAGGAACCAAACUUGAUGUACAAGAAGACAAGUGGUAUUUGAUUGGUCAUCUUGGUGCUACAUCAAUGAUCUUGCAGUUGGCUGCUGUAUGGAAAUGAGGACUCACAGUAGUUACCUGUCCAGAUUUUAGUCAUUUCAAAUUCAUUGCGACCAGAAUUUUCAGUUUGAUUUAUUUAUUUAUUUAUCAUUUUCUAAGUUUUUGAGUAUGUUGUAUUCCUGAAAACGUCGAAGAUCUAAACUUUGACUUGUUCAUAAUUCAUGUUUGCUUUGCACUUUUGCUAUAUUCAUUAUCAUGAGUUGAGUCGAAGAGGAGUCUAUACUUGAUAUACAUUUCGUGUAAUUCAAAUUUCACAAUGAGCAAAUUUUCUUGAAAGAUUUAU